AUUGUUAAAGCUGGGAGAAAGUGGGUGCAUUGUGCAAUGUAGCGUCCUGUGGUGCAGCGCUGGAGACAGAGUCAAAAGCAGGGCAUGACUGCUGUACUCUCCAGCACACUGUAACUCCACCUUUCACACAGCAACGACAAGGGAAAAAAAACCCGAAGCAAGUGUGUAAAUGAGUAUGGAAGAUUAUGACUACCUAUUUAAAAUUGUCUUGAUUGGAAAUGCUGGUGUAGGAAAGACCUGCUUAGUACGAAGAUUUACUCAGGGUUUGUUUCCGCCAGGCCAAGGAGCCACAAUUGGAGUUGAUUUUAUGAUUAAAACUAUUGAUAUAAAUGGAGAAAAAGUGAAGCUCCAGAUUUGGGAUACUGCUGGACAAGAAAGGUUUCGAUCCAUCACACAGAGCUAUUAUCGCAGCGCAAAUGCCUUAAUAUUGACCUAUGAUAUCACCUGUGAAGAAUCUUUCCGUUGCCUUCCUGAAUGGCUGAGGGAGAUUGAGCAGUAUGCUAGCAAUAAAGUUACCACUGUUUUGGUUGGCAACAAGAUUGAUUUAGCAGAGAAACGAGAAGUGUCCAGAGAAAGGGGUGAAGAAUUUUCAGAAACUCAGAACAUGCAUUACCUGGAGACAUCAGCAAAAGAGUCGGACAAUGUUGAAAAACUGUUUCUUGACCUUGCGUGUCAGUUGAUUGGUGAAGCAAAGCAGCAUACACUGGUCAAUAACGUAGCAUCUCCUUUGCCUGGGGAAGGCAGAACCAUCAGCUACUUGAACUGCUGCAACUUUAAUUAAAUGUGAACACUAGCUGAUGCUUUGCAAGGGUAUUUUGUUGGUGAAGGAAACUUCUGCAUUUCUUACCUAUUGACCAAAGCUUGAGGUUAUUUCUGGGCUUCAGCAUGGCAGACUGACUUUAAAUAAAAACAGACAAAUUAGAAAGCCUUUAUGCUCCAGAUUGCCCAGGUAAAAGUAACAAUAUACGAUCUAAACUUUUUAUAUAUAUUAAAAAAAAGCCGACCUUCAUAACUUUGUGCUUUGAAGUAGCUCUGCCAAAUGCUACUUGAUGCACAGAAUUUGCCAUUUUGCUGCUGCUUAAACAAUGAAGGCUUGUAUUAAUAGUUAAUUAGAAUAAGUAAUUUGAAGUAUAGAAAAUACAAUAUUUGGAUUUGCUUUUAACUAUUGAUGACUUCAUGGUGCCGUGCUUCACACAAUAUAUCAGCGCUAGACUGGUUUUUAUUGAGUUAUCCAUCAUUGAAAAUAUAGGUGGUUAGUAUAAAUGAAAAUGGCCAGUUUGGUAUAAUCCCUGCAUGUUGUUGUCAUUAAGCUCUUUUUUUUAGCUCUAAGAAAUUUUGCCACUCCUGCAAAAGGAUGCUUUUCAUUUGUGCAACUAGCUUUUAUCUCCUCGUUCUGCGAGUAUUACUGUUUGAGCCAAUUAUGGUUUCACUGAACAGUUGCUGUUGUGUUCCUGUUUUAGUUUAAACCGUGAGGUUUGGAUCUGCCCCUAAAUGUUCCAUUUUGUUUGAAGGUGAUUGGGGAAGAUUUUAUCUAUGGAUUGUGUUGCAAAAUGAUAAAUUUAUCAAAUAUAUUAAUUCAUGUGAGUUUUGCUACACAUCUUAUAAAAUCUUCGAUGUGUAUAUACACACAUAUAUGUAAUUGUUUUCUCCAACUGUCAUACAGGUAUGUCUGAAGAUGACAGCUCGUGCUGGGAUGCACCUUUUACUGAUGCAAUGUUCUUCUGCCCAAGGGAACUUAAACAUGCAUGACUGUAGGCAGCAACACAUUAUUCUCUUGUGGUAUGAUGUCAUCACAACCUCCAUGCAUAACAUCAGUACAGUCAACACCAAGUUAUGGAUUGAUUUUUGGAGAAGGAACUUCAAUCCUAUUAUGCAUUCACAUUUCAAGCUAGAGGACACUAUAGUCAGUAAUAGCUUUGUACACAGUUCUUACGGAUACUGACUAUUCAACACAGAUGAAGCAUUAGACCUAAAACCUGUGUAGUUUCUAAAUUUGAUGUCCUAUCUAUGUUGUGCUACUAUUUUGUUGGCUGGUGCUUAAAAAUUAGCCCAUUGUAACAUAUGGAAUGUAAAGAAACAUAGAGGAAACACUAAUCACCCAAAUUUUUCCUGCAGAAUAUUCUUAAGUCAUCUUUCAAUUAACUCCAGUAUUUUUAUACCACUGUCUUUCAGUUGAAUAUAUCAAUUACUGAAAGAGCAGGAAAAUUACUAGCAAUGAACUGUACAUUUUCCUCACAUAGCAGGAAUUCAAAUAAAAACUACUGCAGGUAUGAAUAUUACAGAAGCAUCUCUAUGUUAAACUAUGAAAUUAGGACCACAGCUAACCUCAUGGCAGUUCCUGGUUUAGGACACAUUUUCAAAUGAUUGAAAUAUUUAUUUGCCCUUUCUAUAAACCUUUUAAUCCUAUAACCACAUUAUGACAUCCCAAUUGUUGCACAAGUCCCCGUGUAGUCCAUAAAUAGUUGCCAAUGUCUUGUUUGAUUAUAUUACAUCUCAUAAUCCAUCAGGUUUUUAUGUUCCUAAAAUUUCAUUGUAUUAUCCUGUGGUACUUUGAGAACAUUUUUAAAUUUGCUUUUUGUUCUCUCUGUUAUGCAUUAGUUAUGAAAUCAAUUAACUAGGGCUGUUUCAGCAAAUUAAUUAAAUUAUUUUCUUUGCAAUCUUAUGAGCACAUAACAUGUUUUUUUACAAACUCUCCUACUUUUCUAAGGUAUUGGCCCAUUAGUAGUAGGCUUCUGAUCUUUUUACUCUUAGUAAAAUAAAUUGAAAUAAUGAGAACAUUGCAAAAUAAUACAGCUCUCUAAUCACUGCAUCAUUUACUGCCAAUGUUAUGAAAAUAGUAGCAGCAUCACCAGUUGUUUUGUAUGUCUUUGCACUUUACAUGAAAUAUAACAGCCUGGGGUUGUUGGUUUAUUCCCAAACAUUGACCUUUUCUAUAUUUGAAACAACUUGCAGUGCUGUGAAAAAUUCUGAAGUUCUUUUUGCUUGUGGCACUAGCAGAAGCUACAUUCCAUUUUGUUUUGUUUUUUCCCCAUUUUCUGAAAUGUAGGCUGAUUUAGGAUGGUGCCAUUAGGACCCACUGAUUAUAGGGUUGUACUUUCCACAGAACUUUUGGCUGAAAUCUCAUUUAUUUGAUAUAAUAUAACCACCAUGAAAUAUCUUCAUAAAGCUUUCUACUAUAUUUUGUAUCUAGAAUGUAUUGUAUGAUGAAUAAAGAAAGGCUUUUUUUUAAACAAACACUCCUCUUGCAAUAGAGCACAACUCUAGAGAAUUUGACAGAGGACAGUAAUGUGGGAAUCAUUGAAUCCACAAAUGUUAAAUUCUUCCAAGAAUAUUGACAGCUGAAAGCAUUAAUUAACGAUGCUUUUUUAUUGAAAUUAAUAAUUUGAUGAAACUGAGCCUUGCAGUGAGCUGAAAUUUGCACCUAAAAUAAGACUGUUCUUAUACACAGUGCUUUGUCCAAGGCUACGUCACUGCUUUGAUAAUUGCACAAUACACACAAAACUGAUCAAUUUAUGACUGAUUUUUAACUUGUUUCUGACUGAGCUAAAACUAGCUGAGAAAACACCAGACUAUUUUUCCACAGCAUAUAGGUGAAAACGUGUACAGCAAAGUCCACUUCCAAAUGGAAGGUAUUUGCCCACUAAAGGGUGGGGUGGGGAGUGAAACCUUUUAAUACAUUGUUCCAAUAAAUAUUUUCCAUAAAUAUCAUAGCCUGAAUAUUAAGAACGUAAUUUGCAUAUUGUAUUCAUUGCUAUCAUGAUUGAUACUACUAAUGGUGCAGAGAUACUAUUGAAGUUUUCAAUGAUGCAUUAUAUUCUGUGAGAAAAUCUCAAAUUAUAAACCACCUUGAAUUUAUAGUUUGGGAUGAAAUAAAAAAAAUCCACAUUUUUCUUCAUUAACUGAAGGCCAAGGGACUUGAAUAAAGGGAAAAGAUUUGGAACUGAGAAAAGAAACUUCAGCCUUUAAAACAUUGGCAAACUUAGUUCCAUAAAUAGUGGUUCAGGCAACAUUCAGAAUUAAAUUGAAUUCAUGGAUGAUGAAGCCAGAGUGAAAGGAAUGUAAUUGUGAUUAGAACUGUUACUCAUAACGGAAAAUACACAAACAGGUUGUGCUAAAUAGCCUGUUUCCCUUUUUAUAGUGACUGUAUGCAGUGAUAUAGUUUAGGAGAAUAUGCCCAGUUAUGGAAUAAAUCCCUUCAUAAGUAACAUUAUUUGUAAAAUGUACUUUUAGGAAUUUUAAUAACCAUUUGAACACUUAGAAUUGUGUGGUAUUUCCAUAUUAAUAUUACCAAAGAUUAAGAGUUAGGAAAGCAGAGCUUUGAUCUUUUAGCACCAUUAAAUUGUUUCUCUGGUUGAUGGACUGGAAGUGUUAUUGAACAUCAGCAGCAGUUCUAGAAUAUUUGUAAAGGUUUGACUGCAAUAUCUAAUAUUUGAAAUUAAAGGAAAACAUCAGCACUGCACUAUUCUCCCUUUUUCCUCAUAGGUUAUGUCUUCUGUGGCAUACUCAACACUUAACAGGGAAGUGUUGGGUUGGAGAACCUUUGCAAUUGCUCCAAGGUAACUGCCAAUAGUUCCUUAAUUUUCCCUUCCUGAGGGGAAUUUACCUCCAUCGCCACCACACAGUACAGCUAAAAUGUGGAUUUUGCUGUAUGACAAAUUGUGAGACAAAACCUUCCUUGUACACAAAGCUAUUUAUAAAUUCCAGAUGCUUGCAGGAAGUUUCCUUGUCACAUGGUGGAAAUAAAACUAGACAGAGUUAGCUGAUUUUAAGCAUUUCAUUCAAUAAAACAACCCAAUUUGAAAAUGCAAUACAGAUCUUCUCCUUAAUUUUCACAACAGUUAGUUAUAAAGAAAGAUCCAACCUGGUACUGGAGAGGCAGACUGUAUAUGCCAUGAGUUUGAAAGAGCCAGACUUUUGAUUUGUCUAAGAUGAUUUCAAUCUGCCUCUAAAGAGUACCUCUUUAAGAUUAGUAACCAAAGGGCAUUUUAGGAUAAACUAAUUCAUUUGUCACUGUCUGCAAGUAUAUUGCUCCUUCUGCUCUCAUGGCUCCUGGAAAAAAAAUCGUUUGAAAAUGUCCACAAGUAGUGCAAUGGCUUAAUAAUGCAAUGGUAAGAACUUCUGUUAACAUUCUCAGCAUUAACAUGGAACCUUUCUCAGAACCUUAUUAUUACUGGAUAUUCUCAGUCUGUUUUCAACCUUCUCAGACAGAGUUUAUUAAUCUACUACUUGGAUGCAGUUAGUAUUGCUGUUGCUUGCUCCAUUGGAUAGUAAGGUACAAGAAGCACUCAAACCAAUGUUUAUAGGUAGUUUUUUAAGUUAUUGUCCCCAUUUUAAGGGAGGAACUAAGCAUUUGUAGGGAAGAAGUAAAACAUUUGAGGUCAAGUGGAAGAAAGGACCAACUUUCAAGGGCGUUUCACCUUCCCCAGUCAAAACUUCAGUUCCUAUCCUUCUACCACUUUCUCCAAAUCUUGUCAGGUUGACUUGUGAAAUUCUUGGUAACAGCAGCAGGAGGGGAUGGUGGUAUUAUGGUUUUUCUUACUUUCACCCUUUCUCUUAACUCAGUCCAUGCUAAUCUGCUAUUGCAUUUCAUGGCGGUGAAAAUCUCUCUCCAUCCUCAUUGUGUGCGGAAUUGGGUGUGACAGGAUUAAGUUGCUAAAUAAAAACAAAACUUUGUUCAAUUCAUGCAGUCUUCUUAAUGAAGUAGAAAUGUCUGUUGGAAAUUAUUGCUGUGGAUUAAUAUCAAUAUGCAAGUAACAGGAAAACCAUUACUGGACAAAUGAAAACUGAACCAUCUGGAAUGUACAAACUGGCUGAGUAUAGUGCUGUUGUUAGAGCUGAACUGAUUUGUACUUUUGUAAUUUUGUUUUAAACAUACUAUUUAUCCUUUGUUUUAAAUUGUGCAUGUUUAUACUGUUUUUUGGGGAAAAAUAAAUUAUUCAUUGGAUUUCCCUCUCACUGCCCACUGCCACCCAAACAUGGGAUAAAUGCUGAGAGCAAUUUUAAUGCUGCUGUCUACAAGUAUUUACACAAGAAACAAUAGAAUUCUUUACUGUCAGACUAUUAUCAAAAGCAGUAACGACCUGUGCAAACUGUUCAUCUUGUUGAGCCUUUCUGUAAAUGUGCAAUUUUUAAAAAGACUUUAACAGUUCGCCAUUAUCAAUGAAUGAAAGUGUGACUGUUGAUCCAGAAACUGAAUAUAAUCUUAGUGUUUUAACAUUUUUACAUGUAAAUGAAAAAGGUAUGUCCCUUUCCUGAGCCUUUCAUAUAUAAUUAGGCCUUACAUUAAACCAACAAUAGCACAAUGUAUACCAGUCUACUGCUGGUGGUGUCAUGCAGUUAUUAAUAUAAUGCUGAAAGCAAAGAGAGCAUGCAAUGCCACUUUGGGUUAAGAGGUGGUAUGUCGAGGGAGAUGAAAUUUGUCAGUAAAAUGUAUUACUGACAAAUUUACCAUUGAUGUUAGGGGACCUCGUCAGAAAAUGGAAAUAUUGUACAGGCUGUCACUGUUUUAUUUUAGAAACAGGACAUUUAGUUGGCUGAGUAAUGAUACCAACCAUUUUCUAUUCACGACUUUGGCACAAUAAUGUUCUUGAUAUGGCACUAAAGCUAAAAGUACAGAACAACUGGCAAAAUUUUAACUACAAUGCUGACAGGUGUGCAUAAGGCUUGUAGAUCAGUACAUUUGAGAUUGCAUUGUAAGAAUCUCCAAACUGUGAAUAGCUGUAAUCUAAGAAAUACAUAAAUGUUUUUCACGUGAACCUAAUGGUGCUGUUGUAUGGAAUGAAGAAUGUUAGUAAUUAAGAAUAGUUUGGUAUAACUAAUUUGAACAGAAUGUAUACCUUAUGUUAAACUGAACAAAAUGAAUGUGUUUUUGCCACA